AUGAACAGGCUCAUGAAGGCGCUCGGAGAGGAUGGUCUGGACGAGUUCGCGCAAGAGCAGCUGCGCGCCCUAGACGAGGACGAGGAUGAAGACGAAGAUGAGGAGGAAGCGGGAGAGGCCGCCUCCGGAGACGAGGAAGAAGAGGACGCGGAGGAGCAGGAGGGUUCAGGCGAGGAAGAGGAUGAGGAUGAGGUAGAAGAGGCAAAUAAGGCUGGUCCCAGUACAGACAUCGCGAUAGCCGUCGACGAGCUCUCGGCUGAGGAGAUGCUAGACGCGGAUGCCAUGCCUCGACAGAAGGUCGAGAUUGACAACAAAAUCGCUAUGGAGCGCAUACGCGCGACCAUCGCACUCGGCCCCUCAUUACCGUGGACUGAAACUUUGACUGUCACAUACCCCGAGACCAUUAACGUUGACGUUGAGGACGACCUUAACCGCGAGUUGGCGUUCUACAAGCAAGCCCUACACAGCGCGCAAACCGCCCGCUCGUUCGCACAAAAAGCCAACUUUCCAUUCACGCGCCCCGCCGACUACUUCGCCGAGAUGGUCAAGAGCGACUCGCACAUGGAGCGCAUCCGCCAGCGGCUGCUCGACGAGAGCGCAGGCAUGAAGCGCGCGGAGGAGAAGCGCAAGGAGCGCGAGGGCAAGAAGUUCGGCAAGCAGGUGCAGCUCGAGAAGAUCAAGGAGCGGCAGCAGAACAAGAAGCAGAUCGAGGAGCGGCUCAAGGGCCUCAAGCGGAAACGGAAGGGUGCACUGGACGGCGACGCAGGCGACGGCGAAGACUUCGACGUCGCAGUCGAGGACGCGAUCGCCGACCGCCCCUCCAAGCGCGCCAAGGGCCCGAAUGGCAAGCCCAAGCUCCCGCGCACAGCACGCGACAAGAAGUUCGGGUUCGGUGGUCCUGGUCGGCGAUCAAAACAAAACACGAAGGACUCCACGGACGCCUUUGUUCAGCGCGGCGGGCCUGGAGGCAAGGGCAAGGGUAGCAAAGGUGGGAAGGGAGCUAAACCGGCGCCGAAGCGCCCUGGGAAGAGCAGACGGAUGGCACAGCGGAGCCGGUCAUAG